AGUUUGUACAGAGAUCUUCAACAGAGAGUCUGUGAUCUUCCAGAAAACAGUCUACUGCUUCGUUCAUCUGAGCGUUCAGGAGUUUCUGGCUGCAGUCUACCUGUUCCACUGUUUCACCAACAGGAACACAAAGAUACUGAAGGACUUCCUGGGGAGAGUCUGGGAUAAUUACAGAUCCCUGGAUGUCUUCUUACAGAGAGCCAUGGAGAAAUCCCUCCAAAGUAAAAAUGGUCACCUGGAUCUGUUUGUCCGCUUCCUUCAUGGCCUCUCUCUGGAGUCCAACCAGAGACUGUUAGGAGGCCUUUUGGGUCGGACAGACAACAGUCCAGAAAUCAUCCAGAGAGCCAUCAACAACCUGAAGAAGAUGAACACGUACGAUAUCUCUCCUGACAGAAACAUCAACAUCUUCCACUGUCUGCUGGAGAUGAACGACCUCUCAGUACAUCAGGAGAUCCAAGAGUUCCUGAAGUCAGAGAACAGAUCAGAGAAGUUCCUCUCAGAGAUCCACUGCUCAGCUCUGGCCUACAUGCUGCAGAUGUCAGAGGAGGUUGUGGAUGAGUUGGACCUGAAGAAAUACAACACAACAAGUGCUGGACGACGGAGACUGAUUCCAGCUGUGAGGAACUGCAGAAAGGCUGGAUUUACUAGGUGUGGACUCUCAGAGACUGACUGUGAAGUCGUGGCCUCAGCUCUGAAGUCCAACCCCUCCCAUCUGAGAGAGCUGGACCUGAGUAACAACUACUUCCUGUACGAUUCAGGAGUGAAGCAGCUGUGUGCUGGACUGGAGAGUCCAAACUGUAGACUGGAGACUCUGAGAUUGAGGGGCUGCAGUUUGUCAGAGAUCAGCUGUGUUUCUCUGGCCUCAGCUCUGAAGUCCAACCCCUCCCAUCUGACAGAGCUGGACCUGAGUGACAACAACCUGCAGGAUUCAGGAGUGAAGCUGCUGUGUGAUUUUCUGGAGAGUCCACACUGUAGUCUGAAGACUCUGAGACUGAGUCGCUGCAGCUUGUCAGAGAUCAGCUGUGUUUAUCUGGCCUCAGCUCUGAAGUCCAACCCUUCCCAUCUGAUAGAGCUGGAGCUGAGUGACAACAAGCUGCAGGAUUCAGGACUGAAGCUGCUGUGUGAUCUUGUGGACAGUCCACACUGUAAACUGGAGGCUCUGAGGGCGAAUGGCAGAAUAUACAGGGCUACACCUGUCAGACAUGAAGGAGCUGAUCCAUCCACGUCAAAGACAAACCUGGAUGUGUCUGAGGACAGAAGAGGGGACAGUGUGGAUGAAGAGGAUCAGCUGUGUCCUGAUGAUCCAGAGAGGUUGAAGCAGCAGCAGCAGCAGCAGCAGCUGGACACAUUAAGUUUCACACCUGAACUGUUGACAGAGUCUGGAAAGACUUCAUACAGGUUCAGAUGUCCUGGUCCAGGUGUGUUCCAGUGUGCUUUGACUGGACUGGUGUUUGUUAUGGCUCAGGAGGCGGAGCUGCUGUACAACACUGUCCAAUGGGAUGAGAUCGUCCUCCAGUCAGCUGGCAAGAUGGCUGCAGGGCCACUGUUUGAAAUCAAGUGUUCAGAGGAAGCUGCUGUCUGUCAGCUCCACCUCCCACACUGUGAAAUUAUGGAUGCUCCGCUUCCUGAUGGCCUGUUGUCUGUUGUCCACAUCACUGACGAUGGAAUGAGCGUCCUCGAGUCGCUGGAGAUUACAGACACUCAUGUGGUUGUCACUGUUCCUCACCUCUCUGCCUUUGGCCUGGUCCGGGAUAUCGUCACAAGGUUUUUGAGCAACCUAAAACUAGUCAGCGGCCAAGUUCUGCUGUUCCUCGGGCCACCAGUCCCAGAAACACAGAGGCAAAAACUCAAUGUGCUUCUCCUGCCAAGAAACAUCCCUCUGACGGAGGUGAGCCCACAACAGCAACUUUGCAAGAACAUCCAGGCUCCUUCCAAAUGUAAACUCAUCAAAGAUCAAAGUUACACUGCUCACUGUCCUCAGGCCAUUAAAGUACAGCCUAAGAAAGCAGAGUUCGACCUGGAUUUUGGACCAAAUUAUCACCCAACGUUUGAGAUCCGCCUGCCUACAAACACACCAGAAGUGACUGUAACAGUCCAAGACGAAAGACAGACAGAAGUCUGGCAGCAUGACGUUGAUCUGAUGGGUCUUCCAGCAGAGGACAGCGUCCCAGCAGAGGACAGCGUCCCAGCAGAGCAGAGGCUGUCCUCAGUUCGGACACAGUUUGUAAGCAGAGUGUCUGAUUCUAAUCUGAACCAGCUUCUGGAUAAACUCCUGGAGCGUCAGGUUAUAAAUGAUGAUGAAAUGCAGUCGGCCAGAGCAAAACUCAGAGCAGACAAAGCACGACAUGUGAUCGACACGGUGCGGAACAAGGGAACUGAAGCCAGUUCAGUUCUGAUCGCUGCUCUCUGUGAGGUGGAUCCACAUCUUUCCAGGGUGCUGAAAUUAAGCUGAAGCAAAAACAAGAAACUGAGGAGUGUGAUGAUGAAUCUCUGUAAGAGCGGACUGUUUCACAUUACUCAUUGUCAUCUUUGAAUGAAAGGUUUUAAUAAGUGGACUUUCACUCUGAAAGUGAUUGAGUUCAGAGGGAGGGAGAAGAAACGGGACAAAAUGUCUGUGUUGUUUCUCUCUUGUUGUUCCUCAGAACUUCACUGAUGGACAAAGAAGCUGCAGCUGGAGCAUCAGGCAGAUGUGAGAAUCAGAAAAACAGCAGAUGUCUGAGUGGAGCUUAUACACCUGAUAUUUAGAGACACUGCUUCACAUCCUUUGACAUGUUUACAGCCUCUGAUGUCAAUGAUAAAAAGUGAAACAAAUACUGUUUAAUGCAGCGUGGCUUUUUCAGACUUGAGGACUCUUGGUUCUGUAUCAUAUUGUUGUGUUUUGUCUUUAACGUGUGUCGUUCUUCUUGGGGUGACAGAAACCUUCAUAGCUGGGGUUUGACUGAACGCUGCCUGUUUCUGAUGCUGAAUGUUUCAAAUGAUCAGCUGGGGAAGUGUUGAAACAUUUAUGUGUGUUGAUAGGUUGGACAUGUAGCCUUCCUGUUUUGUGUUUAUUCUUUUAUAUACAGUAAUUAUUUCUCAGCACACAAUAGUUGUGUGUGAAGGCCUGGUGUCAACAAGACUGAGAGUCUACAGCGAUGCUAGCAGCUCUGUCAGGAAACUGUUCCAGGCUGUGAUGUGACACUCAGAUAUUCUGAGGGGGUAAAUAUUCUCUGUCAGUGAGGCAAAUCAGAGCCACAUAUUUCUGUCUUAACUGCACGGCUCCUUCACUUUAAAAACAUUAUGUAUUUCUUAUUGUUUGUCAUAUUUUUAUAUUUGAUGUCUCUUGACUUUUGCACAGUUUAUUGUUAUGCACCAUAUUCUGUGUAUGUGCAAACCAGUUUCACAAUAAACAGAUUCUGAUUGUGGUUCACAGAGAAGAUAAUCUGAGCU